AUGACAACAGAACCAGAUAAAAUUAAAUGCAUAGAAAAAAGCAAAGGCACAAAAAUUCCUGAUAUACACGAUUUUGUUAUUUUAAAGCCCAUUAGUCGAGGAGCCUUUGGGAAAGUGUUCUUAGGAUAUAAGAAAAAUAAUACUGAUGUUAUGUAUGCCAUCAAAGUAAUGAAGAAAACUGAAAUGAUCAAUAAAAAUAUGGUGAAUCAAGUUCAGAACGAGAGAAAUGCUUUGGCCCUUACAAAAAGCCCUUUUUGUGUACAACUAUUUUAUUCGUUACAAACAGCUACUUCGAUAUAUUUAGUCAUGGAAUACAUGGUGGGAGGGGACUUAAAAUCACUUCUCAGUGUGUAUAGUUUCUUUGAUGAAUCAACAGCAAUAUUUUACAUAGCAGAAGUCUGUUUGGCUCUUAAAUAUCUUCAUAAACACAACAUAAUUCACCGAGACAUCAAACCAGACAAUAUGCUAUUAUCCAAAGAAGGCCAUGUUAAGUUGACUGACUUUGGUUUGUCAAAUGUUCACAUAGACAGAGAUCUAGAGAUAUCUGAUUUUGAAAACUUCACUCCAAAUGUUUGUAAAAGAACUCCUGGUCAACUCUUGAGUCUAAUGUCUCAUUUUAGUUUUGGUUCUGCGAAUUCAAAAAACAUUAACAGUGCUGCUAUGUGUUCCGACUCUUUUAUGGACACACAGUGUGAAAGUGCUAUUAGUAAACAUGAGGUAUCACAUGUGAAAGAAAAUAUUUCCAACAAUGUUACUAAUUCUUCUGUGUUAUCUGGUUUUACAUACCUCUCUGCUGAUUGUAAUAACACAAACCAAGACACCUCCUAUUACACAUUUCAGAGUAGUCAAGAAUGUACAGGCAAUAAUUCAAGCUCACAUUCACCAGUGAGUAGAAAAACAUGCGCUAAAUAUAAAUUUAAAGAUAUUAAUGAAAGGAAAAGAAAGCUGAGGUCCCCUUCUCCAAAAUUAUCAAGAAAAGCCUUUCUUAGGACUGGACUUACAGGAGAUAUUGAAAUGAUUAGAUUGGAUUCACCUAAAGGAGUUACAUUUUCAACUCCUGUUUCUGCCCAAAAGUGUAAAAAUAAACCAACUAGAUUUGAACUACCAAUGAAUACGUUUCCUGAAAAUAUCAAGUUAACUGAUGAAAAUAUUCAGAUAAUGAGUCCUAUAGCAACUACUUCUACAACACCAAAGACUGCAAGGACUCCCUUCCGCACUCCUAAAUCUAUAAAAAGACUUCAUUGGAGUGUAAAUCAAAGAAUAUUAGGAACUCCAGACUAUCUUGCUCCAGAAUUACUUUUACAAAAAGACCACAAUCAUGCAGUUGAUUGGUGGGCUCUUGGCUGCUGUUUCUAUGAAUUUGUAACUGGGAUUCCACCAUUUCAUGACCUAACACCUCAGUUGAUUUUUAAAAACAUCUUAGAAAACAAUUUAGAGUGGCCUACUGAUGAUGAAGCCUUAUCAGAUAGUGUGGUUCAUAGUAUAGAAUGUUUUCUAACCUCAGAUCCAGAAAAAAGAGCUACUGGAGAAGAUAUGGUGAAUAUGGAUGCCUUCAAAGAUAUUGACUGGGAUAAUUUAUUAACAACUGUACCUCCUUUUAUACCCGAACCUUAUGAUGUUACUGAUACAGGAUAUUUCCAAGCUAGAAAUGAACUUUUAAAAUUUAAUAUAUCCAAUUGUGAGUAG